AUUUAUGAAGGUGGCAAAGAAGAAGCUUUAGAUAAUUUCUACAUUGGGGCGUGUCGACUAUAAAUUAAAAUAUGUAGUUGCGCAUUACUGUGUGAACCUGACUAUGUGAGUCAUUAAAUUGAUAUUAUGAUGAUAGAAUUGUAGAGCCAUGAGUGUACUUGUAAAAACACCUCCUAAAACCACUUGGAAACCUGGUAAGGUGAAAGUGGUCAGAACAUUAUGCAAGUAUAUUGCACAACGUGCAGAUGAGUUAUCGUUCGACGAAGGUGAUUUACUUUACGUUUAUGACAGAGAUACUGAUCCAAAUUGGUGGAGAGCUAAGUGCGGAGAUCAAAAAGGACUUAUACCUGCUGCUUAUGUCGAAGAACAAACACAAGAAAUUGAGUUGCCACUUCAUGAUGCUGCAAGACGUGGCAAUGUUUCCUUCCUGAGAGAAUAUUUGAAGCAGGGCAUAUCGGGAACAGGUUUGGACGCUGCUGGAAACACGCCGUUGUACUGGGCAGCGCGUACUGGUCAUUUGGAAUGUGCGAGAGAGCUUUUGAAUUUGCCAAAUCCAAUAGUAAAUGCUCAAAAUAAAAUGGGUGACACACCACUGCAUGUAGCCGCGAGUCAUGGACAUUUGGAGAUGGUAAAUUUAUUGUUGGAACAUGAUGCCAAUGCAACAUUGAAGAAUAAUGACGGUGUCACUGCGGAAGAAUUAGCUUCCGAUGUGUCUAUCAAGAAUGCGAUACAAUUGCAUCAAUGCAAAUAUAAUAGUACAUAUGGAUAUGGUGAUGAAGACUAUGAUGACGAUAGCGAUUAAAAAUUUCACAAUUUAUAAUAAAAUAAAAAUUCCACAUAUUGUAAACAAGAUAAGCAAUUCACAUAUUACGUAAAGUAUGAUCAUUUUAUAUAUUAAUAAUUAAAAAUUCUAUCUACUAACCCUUUGUGGCCCAAAUUAUUUCUCGCAAACGAGCAAAAUAACUGUGUAUUUCAAUUUUAUUGUAUUAGAUCUAAUAUAAAUCAAAGAAAUUUUCUUACUUAAAAUUUACAGACAUCUCUAUAGAAUCGAAUAUUUUAAAUUUAUACAAAAGAAUUAUUGCAAAACAUGUCAAAUGUACGUCUAAAAAAUUUAAAAGAUCACAAAGGGUUAAAUGAUAAUGUUAAUAUUUCAAAGAUCUCAUAUAAUGCUCGCCUUUUACAUUAAAAAUUCUUAUUUCCUAUAGAACGCAAACAACAGUCCAUAAAAUUAAUUUAUUUUGAUAAUACAAAAAAGAAGUUCACAUAAUUUCAGAAGUCAAUACGUUUGUAAUAAAGAAAUAAGAGUCUUAAGAACUGUUCUUUCAUAUUUGUGAUAUAUUAUAGAACAUAAUAUAUAUAUGUACUGUUAUGAAGUAUAAGUUGCAUUUUAAAGUUUACUGUCAGUACUGAAAAUUUAUAGUAUACGUAACGUGAAUUAUAUUUUUUUAGUACUGACUACUGACAAUAUACAUUGGAAUGCAACAUAAGAUAAUAGAUUAUUCCUCAAUUAAAAGAGACCAAUGAUUCUUUUAUUAAAACAUGUAUAACAUAUACAACAUAACAAAGUCUUUAUUGAACUGCCACAUCAUCAAUCAAAUUCAGAAUAAAUAUUCAAGUGAUUCGUAGAGUAUUAUUAUAAUUAAAUAAAAACAUUAGCGAUUAUUGUAUUGAUUGUAUGAUUUGUACAUGAUACAGGAAAGUAAAUUUAAGAAAAUAUUAUGGAAACCAAAUAUACAAAAUAAUUAAUACAAAAAGGAUAACAGACCAAUCCUAUUAUUUAAAGUUCUCUUUUUUUUUAAAUUUUAUAUCAUAAAGCAUAUUAGUUUUAAGCGUCUUAGUUUUAAUUAAUAAAAAUAAUGUUAUUUAGUUUAUAUUGCAUACGUAUUCUUAAUUAAACAUUAUAUGUAUUGAAUUUCAAUAAAAUAAUAUUUACAAAAAA